UUAAUCCCACCCCAAAGGCCUCGAGGACUCCCAACUCCACUCAUGUGUCUUUAAAAAGAGCUUUCCUCCUCUUCCCCACUGAGCGUUUCGUUGCAGAGCAGAGCGAGAGCAGAGGAGGAGCACAGGGGAUCCGAGUCAGGAGUCACUUCACUUUUGGAAGAUCGCUGGACCAAAAAAAAAAAAAACACAGGGAGCAAAACCAGAAGAGACUGAGGAGAGGGAAGCGACGCUUCUGUAAAAGGCGGAACAUGGUGAGCCUUUCGUGGCUGCUGGUGGUGGCGGUGGCUUGUGCGCGCCUCCCCGGCUUUGGGUCGGCGUGCUUGGACCGAUCCCAAUGCGAUGAGCUGAACGGCGAGGGGGAGACACAGGACUGCAUCCGCCGCUGCGUAUCCGCCGUCCAGCCGGAGGCCCCUCGGCUCGGCGCGUUGGCCCUGGAGGUGAGCGGCGACGACGGCGACCUCCCGCUCAGCGUCAUCCUGGCCGCCCUGGUUUCCGAAAACAAGAUACCAGAGUCGGACCUGAGAGGCCUCAGCGACGCGCGGCGCUCCUACUCCAUGGAGCAUUUCCGCUGGGGCAAACCAACGGGCCGCAAGCGUCGCCCCGUGAAGGUGUUCGCCUCCUCCCUGGAGGGAGGGGGGUCCUCCGAGCGCGGCUUCCCCGCCCUGGCUCGCAGGCAGCUGGGCCUCAACAAGUACAAAGCGAGGGACCUGAAGGAAGGGAGUCGGGGCCAGGCUCCGCAAAGGGUCGGCCACAAGGCCCAGGCCCCGGUGAGCCUGCCGGCGAGGAAGGACGGCGCCUAUCGGAUGAGCCACUUCCGAUGGGGGAGCCCGCCCCCCUCCAAGCGCAACGGCAGCACCAUGAGACAGCCGAGGAAGAAACCUAAAGGUCAGCUGGACAAGCUGCUCAGGAACAUUUUCCUCAAGGACGUGCAGAGGAGUAGAAUGGGCUGAUGGGAGGAUUGGGAUGGGGG